AUGUCUCAACAGAAGUCCGCUAUCAUCUCUGUCUAUGACAAGACUGGUUUGCUUGACCUGGCCAAGGGCCUUGUCAAGCAGGAUGUCCGUAUUCUUGCCUCUGGCGGUACUGCUAAGAUGAUCCGCGAGGCCGGUUUCCCCGUCGAGGACGUCUCUGCCAUCACCCACGCGCCCGAGAUGCUGGGUGGUCGUGUCAAGACCCUCCACCCCGCUGUCCAUGGUGGUAUCCUUGCCCGCGACAUCGAAUCCGACGAGAAAGACCUCGCCGAGCAGAAGAUCGCCAAGGUUGACUUUGUCGUUUGCAACCUGUACCCCUUCAAGGAGACCGUCGCCAAGGUGAACGUCACCAUUGACGAGGCCGUCGAGGAGAUCGAUAUCGGUGGUGUCACUCUGCUCCGCGCCGCGGCCAAGAACCACAAGCGUGUGACCAUUCUGUCGGACCCCACUGAUUACCCCGAGUUCCUCAAGGAGCUCGAGACUGGGGCCAUUAACGAGGCGAGCCGCAAGCAGUAUGCCCUCAAGGCCUUCGAGCAGACCGCCGACUACGACUCCGCCAUCUCUGGCUUCUUCCGUAAGGAGUACGCUGGCAAUGGACUGCAGCAGCUCUCUCUGCGCUACGGCACAAACCCCCACCAGAAGCCCGCUUCUGCUUUCAUGUCCCAGGGCAAGCUGCCCCUCAAGGUGCUCAACGGCUCCCCUGGCUACGUCAACCUGCUCGAUGCUCUUAACGCCUGGCCUCUGGUCAAGGAGCUUAAGCAGGCUCUCGGCUUCCCCGCCGCCGCUUCCUUCAAGCACGUCUCCCCGGCUGGUGCUGCCAUCGGUGUUCCCCUGAACGAGAAGGAGCGCAAGGUUUACAUGGUUGACGACAUCAAGGGCAUUGAGUCCUCUGGUCUGGCUCAGGCUUACGCCCGUGCCCGAGGUGCCGACCGCAUGUCCAGCUUCGGUGAUAUCCUCGCCCUCAGCGACAUCGUUGACACUCCCACCGCCAAGAUCAUCUCCCGCGAGGUCUCCGACGGUGUCAUUGCCGCUGGCUACGAGCCCGAGGCUCUGGAGAUCCUGUCCAAGAAGAAGGGCGGCAAGUACCUCGUUCUCCAGAUGGACGAAGACUACACUCCCGCUCCCGAGGAGACCCGUACCCUGUACGGCGUGCAGCUGACCCAGCACCGCAACGACGUUGUCAUCUCCCCCAGCAAGACCUUCAACACCAUCAUCACCCCCAAGGACUCCCCCGCUCUGCCCGAGGCCGCCCUCCGCGACAUGACCGUUGCCACCAUCGCUCUGAAGUAUACCCAGUCUAACUCGGUCUGCUACGCCCUCAAUGGCCAGAUCAUUGGUCUCGGCGCUGGCCAGCAGAGCCGUAUCCACUGCACCCGUCUUGCCGGCGACAAGGCCGACAACUGGUGGAUGCGCUUCCACGACCGUGUCAUCAACAUCAAGUGGAAGCAGGGCACCAAGCGCGCCGACAAGAGCAAUGCCAUUGACCUGCUUUGCUCUGGCCAGACCCCUCGCACUGAUGCCGAGACCGUCGAGUAUGAGCGUGUCUUCGAGGAGGUUCCCGCUCCCUUCACCCAGGAGGAGCGUGAUGCGUGGUUGUCCAAGCUGAGUGAGGUUGCUGUUUCUUCCGACGCUUUCUUCCCCUUCAUCGACAAUGUCUUCCGCGCUGCCCGCUCUGGUGUCAAGUACAUUGCCGCCCCCACCGGCAGCCAGAACGACACCCCGGUCUUCGAGACCGCCGAGAAGUUGGGCAUCACCUUCGUCCAGCAGGGUAUCCGUCUGUUCCACCACUAG